AUAGCAAUUUGUUUGUUUUAAUGGCGAAUUACAAUCCAUAUUCGUACCCUGAUCCCUAUCGAUACCCUUAUCCACCUCCAACUUCAGAUUCAUACCCACCUUCUGCAUCGCCUUCUCCUCCUCAUCCCUAUCCUUAUCCCUAUACUUCAUCUCAUUCCUUUUCAUACCCACAACUUCCGCCGCCGUAUCAUAGUCAGUCUGGACCCUUGGACUACCAUUACCCCCCUCUCCCUCACUCUGCAUCGUUUCCUUAUCCAUACCCAUCUCCCAAUCCCCAUUACCCUCCUCCUCCUCCCCCUCCUCCCCCUCCCCCUCUUGCCUAUGAUUCUCCUCCUCAGCUUCAAUACCAUGCCAGUUUCCAGUACGACUCCUCACAUUAUCAACCCCAGCAAUCUAAUCCCUACCCACCGCCUGAAAGUCAUCACAUGAGCUAUUCCCGUGUCAAUAGCUUCUCCGAUUACCCACAACAGAAUAGUUCAGCGUCUGCUGGUGUUGGGCCCUCUCUUCCUCACGAAAGUGUUGGCAGCUCGUCCCAGUCCCACACUUCUGUUUAUCCCCCAAUUGAUGAUCUCUUAGCUAUAGUCCAGUUGUCUGAUCACCAGCCCUCUGCCCCUCCAACCACAUCGCCUCCGUCAGUCUCGAAUUCGCAUUCGAAGUUGCAGAGCCCGAGCGCAAGGUACGACAACCGGGUAGAUUCGUUCUCAAGCAUCCAGUAUUCUUAUUCAGGGCCAUUACGUCAACCUCAAUCCCUUUAUGCCUCUUCCCCAUCAUCUGAGGGCUCACAUCACAGUCAGAGUCUACAGAUACUUCCAUUUCGAUCAAGUAAAGGGUCUUUGAAGGUGUUGCUGUUGCAUGGGAAUUUAGAUAUCUGGGUCCGUGAUGCGAAAAACCUUCCCAUGGGCGGGUUCCAUAAGACCGUACGAGACGUACGAGACGUGCUAGAGAAAGUAUCGGUAAACAUUACCAAUAAAUUUGAAGAGCACAUACCUCGCAAGGUAACCAUUGAUCCAUAUGUCACAGUUUCAGUUUCCAAAGCUGUAGUUGCUCGUACUUUUGUGAUCAGUAAUAAUGGUAACCCAGUUUGGCUGCAACAUUUUGAUGUUCCGGUUGCACAUUAUGCUGCUGAAGUGCACUUUCUCGUCAAAGACAAUGAUGUUGUUGGUUCGGAGAUAAUAGGGGUUGUAGGCAUCCCAGUGGAGCAGAUAUACUCGGGAGCAAAAGUGGAGGGAACCUUCCCAAUCCUCAAUGAUAAUGGGAAGCCUUGCAAACCCGGAGCGGAAUUAAGUCUUUCAAUUCAGUAUACUCCAAUAGACAGAUUGAGCAUUUACCAUAAUGGAGUUGGAUCGGGAACUGACUAUCAUGGUGUUCUUGGUACCUAUUUUCCUCUUAGGAAGGGCGGGAAAGUUACACUUUAUCAAGAUGCCCAUGUUCCUGAUGGUUGUCUUCCAACAAACCUGAAGCUAGAUCAUGGGAUGCUGUUUGAACAUGGCAAGUGUUGGCAUGCCAUCUUUAAUGCAAUAAGACAGGCUCGUCGUUUAAUUUAUAUCACAGGGUGGUCUGUGUUCCACGAAGUCAGUCUCGUCCGUGAUGCAGCAUGUGCAUCAGACAGAUCAGACUGUACCCUGGGGAAUCUUCUCAAGUCCAAGUCGCAGGAAGGUGUGAGAGUUCUGCUUCUUGUGUGGGAUGAUCCUACUUCAAGGAGCAUCUUGGGCUAUAAAACGGAUGGAAUCAUGCAAACCCAUGAUGAAGAGACCAGACGUUUCUUCAAGCACUCUUCAGUGCAAGUUCUACUCUGCCCCCGAUCUGCUGGAAAACGACAUAGUUGGGUCAAACAGCAGGAAGUUGGAGCAAUCUACACUCAUCAUCAGAAAACUGUGAUUGUGGAUGCUGACGCUGGUUAUCAUAAGAGAAAAAUCAUAGCUUUUGUUGGAGGACUUGAUUUAUGUGAUGGGCGGUAUGAUACUCCAGGACAUUCCCUAUUUAGAACACUGCAAACUGUUCAUAAGGAUGACUACCAUAACCCUAAUUUCACGGGGCCAACUGCUGGUUGUCCAAGGGAACCAUGGCAUGAUCUGCACUGUAAAAUUGAUGGUCCAGCAGCAUAUGAUGUUCUUACCAACUUUGAAGAGCGAUGGCGUAAAGCGUCAAAACCCCGUGGGAUUAAAAAAUUAAAAAAAUCAAGUGAUGAUGUUUUGCUCAGGUUAGAAAGAAUACCUGACAUCAUUGGUAUGCAUGAUGCUCCUUACCCAAGUGAGAAUGAUCCAGAGACUUGGCAUGUCCAGGUUUUCCGUUCAAUUGAUUCAGCUUCUUUGAAAGGCUUUCCAAAGGAUCCAAAAGAGGCUACACGCAAGAACUUAGUAUGUGGUAAAAAUGUGUUGAUUGACAUGAGCAUACAUACAGCAUAUGUGAAGGCCAUCCGAUCUGCCCAACAUUUCAUUUAUAUAGAGAACCAAUACUUCGUCGGGUCUUCUUAUAAUUGGUCUCAACAUAAAGACAUAGGUGCAAACAAUUUAAUACCAAUGGAAAUUGCUCUAAAAAUUGCCAAUAAAAUCAGAGCAAAUGAGAGAUUCACUGCUUACAUAGUUAUUCCAAUGUGGCCAGAGGGUGUUCCAACGGGUACUGCUACGCAGAGGAUUCUCUUUUGGCAGAAUAAAACGAUGCAAAUGAUGUAUGAAACAAUUUACAAAGCUUUGGAAGAGGUUGAGCUUGAGAACACUUACACACCAGAAGACUAUUUAAAUUUCUUCUGCCUUGGCAAUCGUGAGGCUCUAGAUGGGAAUUACAUCCCAGAUGUGCAAAAUCCAACUGCAGCAAACACCCCUCAGGCAUUCUCGCAGAAAAAUCGACGCUUUAUGAUCUAUGUUCAUUCAAAAGGCAUGAUAGUGGAUGAUGAGUAUGUAAUUUUGGGGUCUGCAAACAUCAAUCAGCGAUCUAUGGAAGGCACGAGAGACACAGAGAUUGCAAUGGGUGCCUAUCAGCCCUUGCAUACAUGGGGAAGAAAAGGAUCUAAUCCAUGUGGACAGGUUUAUGGGUAUAGGAUGUCUCUGUGGGAAGAGCACAUUGGAGAUCUUGAGGAAUGUUUUGAACACCCUGAAAGCCUUGAAUGUGUUAGACGGGUUAAGUCCCUAGGGGAGCAGAACUGGAGACAAUUUGCUGCCGAUGAAGUAACAGAGAUGAGAGGGCACCUCCUGAAGUACCCAGUCGAAGUUGACCCAAAGGGCAAGGUGAAGUCUCUUCGUGGAUGUGAAAGUUUCCCAGAUGUCGGAGGGACCAUAGUGGGAACUUUGGGAAAUUUUUCAGCCAUUCAAGAAAAUCUUACCAUCUAAUCCACAAAUCAAUCCAUGAUUGCGGCGACAACCCUGCACAGUCCACAACUGUCUUGAAUUACAAAACUUUGCAGUAGAAGCCAAUCAAGCUAAAAUUCAAUAGGCACCACAUAUGGACAAGGUUCCAUCCAGUUGUUCUUUUGAACUGUAAUUUGUGUAUGUUUGCACCCAUUAUUUUUUGUCACAAUUCAUCUCAAUCAUACCAAACCCACUCUAAAGAUGUAUUGUUUAAAGGUAUAUGUUGUAUAAUUACACUGGGUGGAGUUUUGGAGAUAAAUAUUGUGUAUAUUUAUGUGCAUAUUAAUGAAAGGAUUAAAUUUUUUUGCAAGAGAUAAGUACAAAAUUAGCAAACUAGAUUUAAAUGAG